AUGGAGAAUUACACCUAUAACAGCUUCACUCUCCAGCUGGAGGGGUUAAACAUUUCAGUGAAAUUCACAUACCCUAUGUUUCUUCUUCUGUUUUUUUUCUACUUGUUUAUAAUGGUAGCAAAUGUGGGCAUUGCUGUUUUAAUUUUCAUGAAUAAGAACCUUCACCAGCCCAUGUAUCUGCUGUAUUGCAACCUGCCUUUUACUGAUAUACUUGGAAACUCUAUCUUACUACCUCGUUUGCUGGUAGACUUGUUGAAGCCUCUAUCUGAGCGCGUCAUCAGUUAUUAUGAAUGUGUGGUCCAAGCUUUUACAUCACAUAUGUUUGGAACCACCAGUCACACUGUGCUCAUGAUUAUGGCCUUUGACAGAUAUGUUGCCAUCUGUAACCCUCUGCACUAUGCUUCCAUAAUGACCAACAAAAUGGUGAUCAAGCUGACAGUUUCUGCCUGGGGGGUGGCUUUUGUCCUGGUCGGGGUUCUGCUCGGUCUGACCAUACGGCUGAGCAGAUGCAGGACAAUGAUCACAAACCUGUACUGUGAUAAUGCCUCUCUUUUUAAGCUUUCCUGUGAGAGUGUGGUCAUUAAUGAUGUCUAUGGACUCACCUUCACAGUGGUUCUGUUUACAGGUUCUAUAGGCAGCGUGGUUCUCACAUAUGCUAGUAUUACAGUGGUCUGUCUGACCAGUAAGAACAAGUCUUUGAACAGUAAAGCCUUGAAGACCUGCAGCACUCACCUGGUUGUUUAUUUGAUUAUGCUGUUCACUGGAACGCUUGGCAUUAUGUUACAUCGGUUCCCUCAGUACUCUGAAUACAGGAAAUUUUGUUCCAUUUUGUUUCACAUAGUCCCUGGAAGCCUCAACCCUAUUAUUUAUGGUGUGCAGUCCAAUGAGAUACAAAAAUUAUUUUCAAAGUUACCAUGGAAGAAAACUGUGCCAUUAAAAUAA